UUUUAAACGCGGUCAAUUACGACGGCUGCGAUUAGCGCGAGAUGAGUUAAAACAUCAUUAAAUCUCGAGAUCUAACUGGCAAAGUGCAUAAUUAUCAAUUAUACGUUAAGCAACAAAAACAGGCCCGGUCAUGCUACUGGUACAACAUAUUUUUCAUUUACUCGCAUCUGGCUCACAGCAGUACAUAUUGCACAAAUCUUGCGCGUAAUAAUUUAUAAGCCAAAUACAAUUAACUAUUAAACAAACAGCUAGUAAAUCGGCAAAAUGUUGAUUCGUUGGAAGAGCAAAGAUAAAAGUGCAUCAACUAAUCAAAGUGGCAGUGCGAACAGCAGCUCAUCGUCGAAAAAGAAACGCAAAGGACGAGAAGGAGAAGAAGACUGGCAAAAUGAGAACAAACCGGGCCGCUUGCCGACUAACGAUCAAGGAGGCGACGAGCGCAGACGCGCAAUGCGCCGCGACGAUCCACGGCGCCACACACUUGGUGGCGACAUUUUAGUCUAUGGCAGUUCUCAACAUCCUCACGCACAUCAAAUGCCACAACAGCAACGUGCCAUGGACCUGGAAAUGAGUACACGAGCGCUAAAGAACAAGAAGAAUCAGCCAAUGCGCGGCUAUGCACCCGUUAAUCAGGGUCCAUUGUUCGACGAUGACCCCGGCAUUAUGUCCGAGGUGGAAACUGCUAGCACUGGCUUUCGGCGCGGCGGUAAACAGCGCUCAUCUUUGCCAGUAGUGCGCACACCCUCCAAGACACUGGAGAGACCGCUGGGGCUUGUAUUCUUACAAUACCGAUCAGAAACAAAGCGAGCACUACUCCCAAAUGAAAUUACGUCGAUAGACACGGUGAGGGCGUUGUUUGUGCGCUCGUUUCCCCGUCAGUUGACCAUGUCAUACUUGGAAGGACCGAACGUUAAGAUAUACAUUCAUGAUGCCAGCAAGGACAUGUUCUAUGAAUUGGAAGAUGUGCGUUCUCAUCUGCGCGAAAUACGUGAUCGCUCGGUGCUGCGUCUCUUCGAGUCCACAGAGGUAGCCGCUCCGCCUCAGAUUUUGCCAGGUGGUCCCGGCAUACCACAGCCACUGCCCCAGGCACCAUCUAGCUGGGAUCAGGAUCAGAGCUACUUCAGUGAGCCAGAAUUCGAUUCAGACUUUAAGCACCAGCACAUCCACAAGUCCAAGAUUGGCAAACAACCAGCUCCAUAUUAUGUUGGCUCCUCACAGACGCUGCCACGUGGCAUGUACGCCUCAGAACGUAACAAAGUCUCGAUGGACGGAUAUACCAGCUCUCCAGAACGGAGCGUACGUGGCAACUAUGAGGAACCAUACUAUAGCCAGUACGGUACUCGCGGCGCUGUUGUGGCUCCCAUCAUUGACGAGGAACAAAGCGAUGUGGCCCUCGCGGAAGACCAGUACUCGUUGUACGGCAUUAAAGUGGGCCCUAACCGUCUGCCGCAUCGUGGUAAUCAGAUCUACGACCCAACCAGACCUGAAGAUUUACAUCGCAUACGCGUUGAGCAUAUGGAGCGUCAAUUGGCCAACCUGACUGGAUUGGUCCAGAAGGCUUUAGUCAAUCAAAAUCCCCAAAUUGCGCCAAUGACUGUGCCCACAUUAGAUUCCAACUAUCUCGUUGUGCCAUCACAAAUGCAAGCUAAUGGUUCCGCUGAUGAACUAUAUAUAAGAGAAAAGGCACCCAAACUGGGAAAGAACUCCUGUCAAAAAUCCGUGUCCUUUGAGAAAUCUGUUUCAUUUAGCGACGAUAUACAGGGAAUACCCAAGUCUCAUAGUCCCCUACAUGCCGCUGAUACGAAACCAACAAAGCCAGCAAUCAAAUCGUCUACCUUGCCACGUACGUCGUCUCAAGAGCGCGAUCGCCUAAAGCCCCCUCCACCGCCAAAACCCAUUGUGUUGGCCCAGUCCUCCCAUCCCAGCUACCGCGCGGACAUUGCACUCGCACCAGAGGUCUACAAUCAUUUGCGUGGCCUGCAAAAAAAGGCAAAGGACCUGCGCAUGGAAGUGCGAACUUUGAGGCGGUUAUCGCAGGCCCAGUCUGUAGCCGUACGGGAAGAUAUCAAGAGCACCUUUAUGCGCAUACGUGCCACAUUGUUGGCCAGCAGUGGCAACUUUUGGGGGCAAAGCGACCAGGACACCACGCGCAUCUCGAGGGAAGAAGAACUAUACAAACAGGAGGUCAUACGUCUUGAAAAGGAUCUAAGUGAUUUGGAAGCUUCGGUGGAGAACUUACGCGGCGAGGUAAUCAAUCGACGCACGCGCGUCAAUAUGACAGCUGUCGAGGACAUGGCACUGGUAUUAAGUCGUGCAAGCAAAACUGUUGCUGAACUGAAGCUUAAAUUUCCGACACUAUCAAAUGGUUUGCGGUGCAUAUUAUCUAACGAGAUGGAGAAGGUGGUACGUGAAGAAAAGUUCCUAAAAGAAGAGCCCGACCGCCUGGAGUCGGCCUUGCGACGCUGCAAAAAGCUUACGGGCACGUUAGUGACACUUAAACGUUUGGCCAGCGUACAGGAACAACGAUUACCACCCAAUGAGCCGUCAGUAAAUGAAGAGUCCUUACGUUCCGCCGAUAUUUCGGUGCCUGACAAGCCAAUCCCAACACCCAGGAUGGGGUCGUUCACUGUCAGCGGGGGAUUCGCACCCGAAAACGCACUCGAUGCUCUGCUAGACGAGCUGAAGACAUUUUCAAAGCCAAUUGCCCAACAACAACAGCAACAACAACAACAAAAACAACAAUUCGAGGUACGCCCCGAAGAAUCGGCAUCCGAUGAGAGCGCCCAGGCUGCUGUACAGAGUACCGUCACCACGCAAAUAUCCCAGGCUCGCCUUUUCACUGAAUCCAACGUAAAUAUGCAACAGGCUAACACUAACAGCAUGGUCAUGGCUGUGGCAACAGGUGCUGCACAACUUUCACGUGGCCCAUUGACCCAUCAACAGUCCCAGUCCCAGUCCCAGCAGCAGCAGCAGCUAAUGGUGCACACCAAUAUGGGCAGUUUACGUCGCCUGCACUCCUUCCCCAGCGAAUCGGACAACGAAUUCCCAGCCCCUGGUCCGCGUGACAGUCUCGCUAAUGGUGGUGGCAGCAGCAUCAUCAAACCACCAGUCCCUGAACGUAACGCCGAUUUAAUAACUAAAGUGGGUCACAAACGCAUACCGCCACCACCGCCGCCGCGUACCAGCUCACGCAGUCCACUGGCCAGUCCGACAAGCCCAAAUGUGCCACAGAACAUAGCUGCCGCAGGUGCUGCCAAUAACAUUGGUGACAAUAUCAUCAGCAUCGAAACUGUCGUUACCGGUGGCGGCGACACCUCCAGUGGCGACAACUCCAGCGGCAAUGAGUCCGGCAACGAUCAUGCCCAGCGCCAGGUUGCACUUGAAAUGCGGCACCAGGAACUAUUAAAGAAGCAGAAGCUAUUGCAGGAGCAAUACCAGCGUUUGCAACAAAUGAGCAAGAUACCCUCGGUGGACAUAUCCUGCCCGUCACAAGACGCAGCCAGCGGUGGUAACGCGAACGCAAUGCUCAAACACUUGGGCAGCGAAUCAAAUAUACAGCAAAAAAUCGCCGCAUUGAACCUGGCCUGUGAGUUCGGUAGUGGUGGCGAUGCUGCGGCGGCUGAGACUACUGUGGGUACAAAUGGUGUGUUGAUCAGUGAUGCUACGGGUGGUGUGGUCGGCGGCGUUGUUGGUGGCGGUGGUGUUGUUGUUGGGACGGUUGGUACAGGAGCUGCUGCUGCUGCUGCAAACACACAAUUACAAACAGCUACAAUGACCACUAAGCAGGUGUAUGAGACGGAAAUACUUUAACACAACUGGAAAUUGGCAUGGAGCGAAACCAAAAUUGAUAUUUAAUCUGUUGUAGCGCCCGGUUAAUUGAAGCAUUAUGUGUCUAUCUCUGUCACUUGCACGAGUUUCAGCUCUAUGCGUAUAUCACUAUCUUUGUCACUCUUGCUAACAGCCGUCAUUAACAUAUGAAGACUUAGACAAGCCUUCGGACUCUGUAAUAUCAUUAAUACUUGAAUAAUACUUGUUAAGAAAUGUUAAGAAACUAAACUCGUAAUUAUACGGGUUAGAUCUAAAUGUCGUACAUACAUAUAUAUAUAAAUUCAUAUACGUGUAUAUGCUAUUGUAUGUAUGUACCCAUUGCCAAAUAAAAAUCAAAAACUUUGAAACAUGCACCCAACAUAGCAGCACAUAGCACAUAUGUAUGUAUGCACAUGAGUACAUCUUACAUAUGUCCCUGUUCAAAAGAUUUUGGACAAUAUCCAAAGUAGAAUAUAAAAGAACCCUAACGCAUGAAAUAUCUACCUAUUAUCCAUUAGAAAUAUUUAUAACCUGGUUCAGAAAAAAAAUAACUGGUCUUUACAGUCUUUUUGGUCGCACACUUAAGGAACAAUAAAUAGGCAGACCACAAUGUCAAAGAAAAACAUUACAUAAUAACAUUUUGGUCCUUAAAUAUUUAGGUUAAAAUAUUUAGUUACUUGAUUUUUUUUUUUUUUGGUAUGGGACGUGAGACUGAUAGUUCUAUAUAUCUAGGUCAUCAAAAAGUAAUGAAUAAUUACUUAAGUAAUCAAUAGAUACGAUUAUAUUUCUUAGAAAAUAAAACUAGCUAAUUUUAUCCCCGACACGGUGUACUCUUUCCAAAAUCGACGACACCCAAUUCGCAAAAAGCGUUUUCUUGAAAACCAAUACUAUUAAGGUGCAUUACGUUUAUGGGAAGAGUCGAUUUCUUCGGAAUACCGAAAAGAAAUGUUAUUGCUUAAACCGUACUCCCAUUAAAUGGGAAUAUUUAUUAAUUUGUACGAAUGUGCAUCUCAUUAGAGCCAUGUCGGUCCGCCCAUUUAUUUGUUAGUGCACCUAAUCAAUGCUAUUUUUUUUUAAUUAUACAAAUUAUAUAUUUAGGCACUCAGUUUUUUCCAAGUUGUAUAUUUAAUAUAUUUCAUAGCACAGCUCUUCAUAGCUAGUCAUUUUUAACUACUUAUAAGUUUUUAAAUGUUUUUAGCAAAUUGAAAUGAUUUUGAUUUA